AGAGGGAUUCACUAGGUGCCAAGUCACUAAUUGGCAAAAUUACACUUGACUCAUCAAUGAGUCAGGAAGCAAUAUUUGACGAAAUCCGUGAUGUAUUCAAAAAGCCAAUGAGAAAUAACAGCAAUUUCAAGUUUAUUAUUCUGCAGCCUACUGGUGGGGGUAGCAAGUCACUAACAAUACCAGCUUUGUCAGAGUCUUUUGUUUGGACGGCUGCGUCUCUUGCUGGCAAAAAUGCAAAAUGUCCCAUUUAUCUGUUAGCUGAUGAAGAAUUAAAAGAUGAUACGCCUAGGCCAAAGGUAAAGCCUGAUGAUUCUCCCAUUUAUAUUAGUGCGGAUCCAUCACCACCAGCACCUAAUAAUUAUUAUAGUUCUUUUGUUGACUUGGUUGAUGAAGAGUCGGACAAUAGCCAGUUGCCUUCUCCAGUGCAGCCUCAAUUUAGCCCACUAACUCCAACUGAAAGUCAAGGCCCCUCACUUGAAGUUUUACUACGUAGUCAUCAGUCAAACGUUAUCAAGUAUGAUCAAUUUCAUCGAAUCACAGUCCAUAGGAGUCAUAUUUUUUCCGAUGCUCUUACUGCAAUGAGGAAAGGCUUUGACAAGUCAUCGAAUUUAAGAAUCACUUUCAUAGGUGAACCUGCUGUAGAUGCAGGAGGGCCUCUACGUGAGUUUUUCCGUUUAGUAAUGAAAGACGCUGUUAGUAAUAACUCGCUCUUUCAAGGCCCCGAAGAUUCGCGUUCACCUGCACAUAAUGUGAUUGAGUUAAAGAAGAGUACAUAUAAGUUUCUGGGAGAAAUUUUUGCCCUUUCUAUUGUACAUGGAGGCCCUGGCCCUCAGUGUCUGUCACACCCAGUAGCUAACUACUUAACAUAUGGUAUUCAUAAGAUUAAUGGCACAAUAGAAGAUAUAUUGGAUUAUGCCACACGAGAGAAGACUAGAAAGUUGGCUAAAGCUAGUGACAGCGAAUUUCGGGAAUUAAUAAAGACAGACGAGUAUGAUUUUAUAUAUGAUUGUGGCAUUAAUGUGUCAACUGUUACAAGAGAGGAAAUUAUUGACAGAAUCAUUUCUCAUUAUACUAUUAUGGUUAUUAAGGCAGAAUUGGAUGAGAUAAAAGCUGGACUAGACACAUUAGGAAUCUUAGCUUUACUUCAGAAUUAUCCUGUUAAAAUGAGAGCACUGUUCAUUGCCUACCAAUACCAGCUUACUUGUGAUAUUAUGCAAGAUAUUUUUCGCAUCAGUUUCUCUAUUAAAGGUUCUAAUGACAGAGAGAAGGAAGAAGAGGUAGCCCUCUUCUGGGUGAAUUUGUUGCAAGAUGUACAAAAUGGCAUUGGAUUAGUGAAAACUGAAGAGACUGAAUUUUCUAUCUCUUUAGGUGACAUAUUGGCAUUUGCAACUGGGGCAAGCACAGUACCACCAAUUGGCUUUUGCCCUCAACCGUCCAUUCUGUUCCACAAGCGGUCUAAAUACCCUGAAGCAAACACUUGUUCUAAUAUUUUGAGGUUGUCAUUGUUAAGCGAAUCGUAUGAAGAGUUUAAAGAAUUAUUUUGUUUUUCUAUAGCAAAUGCAAUUGGAUUUGGUAAAGUUUGAUUCCUUUUGUUUUCUUUACUUAUUAUCCUUAAUCACUUUGUCUCAUAUUAUUCAAUGUUAUUCUCAUGUUAUUCAAUACAUAUACAUUUAUCUUAUUCAUUUCUAAAUAGCAGU